UCACCGGACUGUCUCACAAUCAAACUCUGAUCACUAUUUAUAACAUGGCCGCGUAUAUGUCUCCAUUGUUAAAUUGUUCAGAGUCUAUAGAAACAAGAAGUUUAUUUUUGUUUUCAGAAGGGAAAGAAAGCUAUGGCUACAGAGCGUAUGGCCACGAUUCUUAGCAUUGAUGGAGGAGGAGUUAGAGGGAUCAUCCCAGGAGUGAUCCUCGAUUUUCUAGAGGGAAAACUCCAGGAACUAGAUGGUCCAGAUGUAAGGCUUGCGGAUUAUUUUGAUGUCAUCGCUGGAACAAGUACAGGCGGACUAAUUACAGCCAUGAUAACAGCUCCUGAUAGCCAAAAUCGUCCUCUGUUUGCAGCAAAAGAUAUUGUCAAGUUUUAUUGGGACAAUUCGGAUAAGAUUUUUCCUUCUUAUACCCCUUUAUGUACACUAUGUCAUAUGCUGACAGGACCCAAAUACUCUAACAAAUACCUCCACUCUUUAGUUAACAAAUACCUUGAUAAAAAACGGCUGCAUCAAACGCUCACAAACGUGGUGAUUCCAGCUUAUGAUAUAAAACUACGACUGCCUUCAAUCUUCUCUACCUUUCAGUCUAAGGUAGAGGUGUCCAAGGAUGCACUUCUAUCUGAUGUAUGCAUGGGGACCUCUGCAGCUCCAACGUAUUUACCUCCUUACUAUUUUGAAACCUCAGAUUCUGAUGGAAAAAAAACAAGUUUCAAUUUAAUAGAUGGAGGAGUAGUUGCUUCAAAUCCAACCCUGUUAGCCAUAAACGAGAUCAUAAAGGAAGAACUUAAAAAAAGCUCAGAGUUUCCAUCCAUGAGCCCUAAGGAUUACAGUAAGUUUAUUGUAAUAUCUCUUGGAACGGGACAUGAAGCAAGUGGUAGCUACACUGCAAAAGAAGCCAGCAAAUGGGGGAUUUUUAGUUGGUUUUACAACAACGGAGAUAUUCCCAUCCUGAAUAUGUAUGGAGAUGCCAGUGAUGACGUAGUCGACAUUAACCUCUCUGUGGUUUUCGAAUCUUUUCAGUGCACUCAAAACUAUCUGAGAAUCCAGGCAAUGAACUUAACUGGAAGUGAAGCACAGUUGGACGAUGGGUCAAAGGGAAAAUUGGCACAGCUAAUAAAAAUAGCAGAAAAUUUGCUUGACAAGCCCGUUUGCAGAAGAAAUUUGAAUACGGGUGAAUUUGAGCCCAUUCCAGAUGUGUGCACCAAUAAGGACGCCCUUAUUAGGUUUGCAAAGUUACUGUCAGAACAGAGGAAACUUCGUCCUCCUCGUCAACGUGACUGAACAUAACCCAUUCUUGUAUAAUGUCAAUGAUUCACAACUGAAAUCUGACUGUUACUAUUAAAAAAAAUAUUGAAGAAUAAAAGUACCUUUCAUAGUGUUGGAAAGUGAAGGUGACUUUCCAACCAUUUUUAUCAA